UUCGUUUCAUUCCAAUCCAAAUCAAAAGUAAACAAAAAUCUAAUCUUUUUUUUCGGGCUGUAACCGGCACCCCCAAAUUAGAUUAAAAAUCAAACAGAUCACGAUGAAAACUCGCAAAGGAACUGUUCCACGAAAACGCAAGCCAUCCAAAGGGAACGUCAAAAGGAAGGCAACAAUUAAAAGCAAUCGAAAUUAUCGCACCUAUCUAAUACCGCAAUCUAAAUUGGAAAGUGCUGUCAAAUUUCUGGAAAGUGACCUGGAACCAAGACAACCUACUGGUUGGCCAUGCCAUGGAAACAUCGCUAUUCGGGUGAGCACCGGUCGGAAAAAGGAUAACCACGUCACCGACACGAUGAACGUGAUGGACGUGGCUCGGCACUGUGCCGAACGUGGUCACUGGUCAAACCUGAUGAAAACGGUAGCCAUCAUGUGCGAGGAUGCUCGGUUCUACGAUGUGCAUGCCAUUUUAAGGAACUCGCUCUUCGGAAUUAUGGCCGAUCCAGUGCUCAACGAUCGGUCCUACCUGGAAGAUUAUAUGUACGCAUAUCCUCAAUGUAAAACUCCGGGGGAUAUUGCGUACGUCAUUGAUAAAAUAUUGGAGGUGUUUCAAGGUAUUUCUAUCCGGACAAAGCGAAACGGAGAUGCGGUUUCAUCUUCGACAGACUGAUUAUUUAGCUAGUGUUCAAAUCCUGUACACAGAAAAUGAUUCAAUAGAUAUUUAAGUUGGAAAAAAUCUCGUUAUUUUAUAUGUAUUGAUGGCUAGUGUUCUCCAAUCUGUUGUAUUUAUCGGACCGACGAAUUUAACGGGUGAACUUUAUAUUUGUGUACAUUUAUGAUCGGGUAGAUCGACAUCGCAAUUUUUCAACAUCAUUUAUCACCAAAAUUUUAUUUUCUUUAGUAAAGAACGGUAGAAACAUAUUACACAACCUUAAGACUUACUCCCACUCAUUCAUAUGUCACA